CAAUUGGAAAGCAGAUCAUUUCAUUCCAACCCAGAGUUUCGAUGGCGGUUUGGAAAAUUUCUUGUCGUGCUGUUUAUAGAACAGUUGUGCACGUGGAAUACCGAUAGUCCUGCUUUUGUGAGUCGCAGCUCAGGAUGAAAGAUCUGGUCAGUACCCUUAUCUUAUUGUUCACUCUGAUGUCACUUAUCACUUUUACCAGUGGAACACAGCCUCAAAAUGGCGGCCAGUUCACUCAACGCGAAAUAGACGCCUACAAGAGAUGCAAAAGCACAGCUUGUGUUGCCCGAGUCUCUCUUUGUAUCAUAAAUAAAGAUUGCGCAAACUGCAGGCCUAUAGCUGGAAAAAACUGUACAUGUUGCGAGGACUGCUUCAGAUGCCUUGGUCAGAAACUCUGGAAAAAAUGUUGUGAUUGUGUUGGUCUCUGCACUCACACUCCUCGCAAUGACACGAACAGCACGCAGCAAAUAUCAAGCAGUUACGGUGACUUGAGCAGGUCUAUACCAACUAUGUUUGACAUUAUCAGUCAAGGAUCACAUUUUCCCAUUGCCUUCAUGACAAGGGGCAAAAAAGGUUCGUCAAACCAUUGCAAAGUAGCUUUCUUUCAUAGGUGCGUCGCGAAAGAAGAUUGCAUUGUGUCCUGCGGGGACAUGGGAUCUCAUAGGUACCGCUGGUUCCGGAAUGGCUGCUGUCAGUGCGUAGGGCACCGAUGCAAAGACUACGGAGAACUUCAACCUCUCUGCCAGAUGUGCGGGAUCAAUUAAAGCUCUGCAUAUGGUGUCAAAUGAAAUAGAGUUUUGCCUUCUUUAAAAGAGACUUUGCAUCGCUAAUGAGGGGGAAAAUAGUUUACAAAGGAUCAUAAAGUUAUAUUUCUUCUCCAAGAAUCUUAAUCACAACAUCACCACUGAUCGAUACCAUUUGCUACACCAAUCGUUUGCUACACGGUAAUCCAGUUUAAAACGCAGAAUAGAUAAGAAAACUUGAGAGCAUUACUGAAAAAGAACAUUUGUUCAUUCCAAUUUCUAUUCCCCUUCUAGCUAGAAAUAUUGUUAAGA